UUCGACUCAGGCAUACAGAACAACAGCUAUUUGUACCAGACAUAUCUGGCUCGGAACCCCUGAUGGUUAAAUUCGUUGUUAGGGGAACCUCCAUAUUUCAUGGACCGGAAGUAGACAGAUUCACAUUGAACAUUUUUGGCAAGUCCAUGAUGCUCUUGAGGGUGCAACGGCUAUAGUACUGUAAACCAUGUUUCUUCCAAGGGUGGUUUCACGGCUGAACCUGCUUUCCAAAGUGUCUGUUCUAGGUACAUUGCAGAACCAGAGCCAGGCGUUAUGCAGUGCUGUGCAACAUCAUACCCGUUUCAGAGCUCUUCAGUAUUCAAACAGAUGCUUCACUUCAGCUGCUGACAACAAACUUCCACCCAAACUAUGGACACCUCUUGAGCCAGAGUUAGAGGAGGUUCUUGUGCCCCGUAAGCUAUCAGUUUCACCCUUGGAAAGCUGGCUUUCUCUGCGCUACUCUCUGCCCCCAUUGCUGGAGGCUUCACCGCGUCUGGAGGAAGGUGAGAUUGUGGGAAAAUCCAUGGUGCUGCCUCCGUUUGCGGUGCCAUUACUGGAGGAUGGGGAAAGCUCAACACCACUGAACUGCAAGAAUGUGCUUCAGAUCCGAAGAAGGAAGAUGAACAGGCACAAAUACAAGAAGCUGCUAAAACGGACAAAGUUCCUGAGGAGGAGAGUGAAAGAUGUCAGGCGGAAGAAAAAGCAGGCUAAGUUUGAGAGAGAUCUUGCCCGAAUCGUUAGGAGAGCUGGACUGAAGAGAGCCACAGAUGGAUGGACAGCACCCCAAGUCUAUGUCAGAACGAGUCAGAAUAAAAGAGAUUAAUUAAAGGAUUAGUUCACUUCCAGAAUGAAAAUUCUGUCAUCAUUUACUGGGUACCAGUAUCGGAUACCAACAUUUUUCAAAUUAUCUUCUUUUGUGUUCAACAGAAGAAAGAAACUCAUACAGGAGGGUAUGUGGAGGGUGAGUAGAUGAUGACAGGAUUUUCAUUCUGGAAGUGAACUAAUCCUUUAACAUCUGUGUUAUUUAAAUGUUUUUUUUUUUCUCAUAAUACCAUUAACUCUAGUGUUACUGCAUCUGGAGCAAAGCAGUGACAUGAAAUCCAUAUGUACUGCAUAUGUGCGUAUUACUGUAAUAAAAAGACCUCAUCUCCCA